AAAUGGCCUGGCCAUCUCAGUUACAAUGCAACCGUUACAAUUGCUAGGUAUUGGAGCAACGUUGCUCUGGAGUUUGGUGGCUUUGGUGGGAGUCUAUGGAGCAGUGGAAUGUCCAAAAAAGCCGUACCGUGUGGUGUGCUAUCUGGCAAGCUGGUCGAACUAUCGCGAGGGCAGCGGAUCGUUCAACGUUUCCUACAUCGUGCCCGACCAUUGCACACACUUGGUGUACACGUUUGCCGGGUUAAACAUAGGCGGUGGGAUUGAUUCGCUCGAUUACUUCAACGAUGUCAAUGUGAACAAGGGUUACGCGCGGGUUGUUGCCCUCAAGGAGGAGAACCCUUGCCUGAAGGUGCUGCUCGCGAUCGGUGGCUGGAACGAGGGUUCGGAGAAGUACUCACUGAUGGCCGAACGUGAGUCAACGCGUGACGCAUUUGCUGAUCAAACGCUUCGCUACCUCGUGCACUAUGGGUUCGAUGGGCUAGAUCUCGACUGGGAGUAUCCUACAAUGCGCGGGGGCAUUCCAGAGGAUCGCGAAAACUUUGUCCUGCUCGUGCAAGCGCUGCGGAAUAGGUUCGCACGCCGGAAUAAGAUACUUACGGCCGCAGUUAGUGCCUCGAAGCAGAUCCUGCAGGCCGGUUACGAUCUGCCCAAGCUGUGCGAAGAGCUAGACUUUAUCAAUCUGAUGACGUACGACUACUCGAGAAGCGAUAAGGCAACGCUGGAUGCUCCACUGUAUGGAGAUUCUUCCACCGGCGAGACUAUUGAUACAACGAUCGCGUACAUCAGCAAGAGCGGCUGCCCGAUGGACAAGUUCUCCCUAGGCAUCACAACUCACGCGAAAACGUACACCGUCGUACCGAGCCGUCUGAUGGCACCGGGGAUCAAAGCCGUCAGCCCUGGAGCACCCGGUCCCUACACUCGCAGCGCCGGUUCGCUCGGCUACAAUGAAGUGUGUGAGAUGUUGAAGCCAAACCGUACCACACCCAACCCCUGGGUGGUUAAAUCUUUGGCACAAAAUGCAGUAAAGUACGCGUACCACGACGAUCAGUGGAUGACGUUCGAUGGGAUCGAAACGAUCGGCACGAAGGUGAAGUACGCGAUGGACAAAAAGCUUGGCGGCAUUAUGCUUUGGACGAUCGAUACGGACGACUUUCAGGGCGAUUGUCACAAUGAGGCAUACCCGCUGCUGCAAACCGUGCUGCGAAUGUUGGGCUACGUGCGGAAGGCGUGAGGCCAGCAAAGGGUAUUUGAAAUGAUGAAAA